CCUCACCCUGAAGACUCUUCUUCACUAAGUGAAGUACAUUCGAGGAUUUACAGAUCAUCCAGAUCUAAGAAUCCUUUUCUUCUUGACACAACCAAGGUCAAAGCUCAAUACACAGACCUUCAGUGCCUGCAAGAGAUCAAAGUCCAACGCCCUAAAGUUCAUGCUUGUUCUUUUCUCAACAAUGGUCCAACUCGAUAUCUCGAGAUUUAUGUUGAAUUUCAACAUGAUGUCAAUUACCUUGACACAAAAGGUGUUGAAUUCAAAGAAUCUAAGCUGCGAAUCAUUCCGUGCCAAGCCACUGAUGACAGUUGGAUACCCAGACCUGAAGUUCUGGAAGGCCUAAAGGUCAGUUUAUCUCCUUUCGGUCAAGUUAUUGACGUCGGCAUUAUAACCAAGCCUAAUACUGGGUUUUUUAUGGGAUCCGGUUAUGCUGUCAUUGGUACUCCCAGACAAUCAGGAGAAGACCAAAUCAAGUUUCAGGAGUUAGCCCACAACAUUCGUUGGCGGGAGGAAAAGGAUGAAAUUUUCCAUGCUACAUGGAAUAACAUGUCUACUUGGUGCCGUUAUUGCCAUCAGACUGGCCACACGAAAUUCGAGUGUGAGAAAUCAAAGGCACCAAUUAUCUGUUAUCACUGCCAUUUACUUGGGCACCGAUCUUUCGAGUGUCCUCGUAAA